CGAGCAGACGCGGUUGUCUUCUACCACUCUCGCCGAUCUUUCCUCGGUCUCGUCGUUCAGUACCCUAACACGGCCACCCCCGAAACGACUUCCAUCAAUUCAUCCAGAGACUCGAUAAGAGACGCGCCUGUGGACCGCCUGCGGCCGUUGGCCAGCGGAAAACGCGAUCAAGAUGUGAAGCUAGGAAAUUCCUGCUCGAAACACAAGGGACCACGUAGCAAUUGGCCACAGGAAGCACGAAAUCAUGUUCAAGGCGCGACCCACCGUUUCACCCUUGUCUCCGCUCGCAUGGACCACGCCGUCCGCCUCGUCCAUCCUCAGGGUGACUUCCGGUAUCGCGUCGACCACGCAUUACACCAGCAUAAGCAGCGUGUACGGCGUGAUCGACCAGAUGAUGCCGAAAGAGGACGACGAACAGACGAACGUGGAGGAGAAGUACACGCCGUACGGAGAACGGCCGGAAACCUACAUCGUGCCGAUCGUUUCCCUGCUGAUACUCCUGAUCGGACUCACCGGAAACGGCGUCCUCGCGCUGACCAUACUGCGGCACAGUAACAUGUGGAACGUUCCCAAUAUUUAUGUCUUCUCGUUGGCGCUCGGAGAUCUCUUGGUGAUCGUCACGUGCGUGCCAUUUACCUUCACGGUGUACAUUUUGGACUCGUGGCCUUUCGGCCUGGUAUUCUGCAAAGUCUCCGAGUGCGUCAAGGAUAUCUCCAUCGGUGUCUCCGUGUUCACCUUAACGGCCCUCUCGGCGGACAGAUUCUUCGCCAUCGUGGAUCCGAUGAGAAAGCUUCACGCCACCGGUACGGGAAGACGAGCCACGCGUUUCGCGGUGAUCGUCGCCGCGUUGAUUUGGCUAUUAGCCAUCAUGUGCUCCAUCCCGGGUUCCUUCUCCUACAUCAGGGUUUUCAAAGUGAACAGCAACGUGAGCUUCCAAGCCUGCUACCCGUACCCGGCGGAAUUCGGUCCGAAUUACCCAAAGACGAUCCUCGUCUGCCGGUUCUUCAUAUACUACGCCGUGCCGCUCAGCAUCAUCGCUUUCUUCUACAUCCUCAUGGCCAGACACCUGAUGCGCAGCACUAGAAACAUUCCCGGCGAGAUGCAGUGUCAGGUGAAGCAGGUGAAGGCACGGAAGAAGGUUGCAAAAAUGGUGAUGGCGUUCGUGAUCGUUUUUGCAGUGUGCUUUUUCCCUCAGCACGUGUUCAUGCUAUGGUUCUACAUCCACCCUACCGCGCAAAGGGAUUAUAACGCGUUUUGGCAUUGUUUCCGGAUUCUCAGUUUCUGCCUGGCGUUCACCAAUAGUUGCAUUAAUCCUAUCGCUCUGUACUGCGUGAGCAGCACAUUUAGGAAAUAUUUCGACAGGUAUCUGCUUUGCUGCGUGCCGAGGCGGAUCCGCAGGCGACACCGACGCUCGUCAGACCUGAGCUCACGAGGACGGGGUCAAAGCUUCUCGCUGAUGAGCUCUAGAAGGUACGACUCCCGACGAGGACAGCGAAGCGUCGUGCAUCUGUCCAUGCUGGGAACCGACGGGAGAGCCAGUGUCCCGAUCAAAGAACAGGAAACGACCAUCAGCCUGACAGCCUGUCCAAACGGGGUCGAGGAUGGCCUGAGGAGCCAUCACGAUUCGACGGCGGAACAACCGAUCAGUCGCGAGUGCUCCUUGAAAUCCAAGGACUGAAUAAUUUUCAGCGUCUUUCCACGUAACCCUUGAUCGCGAGUGCAUCUCCUUUGCUCGUACAGAGACUAAUCGCGUCGGCGGACCAGAGACAGUUCGAGUCAAGCGUCACGUUUUGUCUCGAAGUUCGUUCAAAGAGGAAAGGAAGCAUCGUCCGUGUCUCUCGUCUUUCGUGAAUCUUCGUCCAAUUGUCAUUGUUUAAUCUCGAAUGCACCAACAUCGUCGAAACUAGCGGUAGGCAGGCAAGCAAUCUGUGAAUUGCGCCAUGGUUCGC